AUGGACUCGGAUACCACCAAUAAAUUUAUUCCUGAAUAUCGUCGUACUAAUUUUAAAAACAAGGGACGUUUCCAGAGCGAUGAAUUAAGAAGAAGAAGAGAGACGCAUCAAGUCGAUUUGAGAAAACAAAAAAGAGAAGAAGUCUUAUCUAAAAGAAGAAACUUCAACAGUGAGGCCGCAGGAAACGAUUCAGAAGACGAAGAUGAAUUCAAUGCCAACUCCAAUAGCGAUGAAAAUCAGUUUUACAACAAGUUACAGCAAGAAUUGCCAAAGAUGAUGGAAAUGAUCCAGGCGUCAGACUUUGAUAACCAGUUAGGGGCUACGGUGAAGUUUCGUCAAAUAUUGUCUCGUGAACACAAUCCACCUAUCAAUUUGGUUAUUCGAUGUGGGGUUAUUCCAACGUUGGUGGAGUUUAUGAGAGAUAACCACCCGGAUAUGUUACAAUUAGAAGCGGCAUGGGCGUUGACCAACAUUGCUUCCGGUAAUUCUGACCAAACGAGGGUUGUUGUUGAAUCUGGUGCGGUACCAUUAUUUGUUCAAUUGUUAUAUUCUCAAUCGUUAGAAGUUAAAGAGCAAGCGAUAUGGGCUUUGGGUAACGUUGCAGGGGACCUGGCGGACUAUAGAGAUUUUGUCUUAGCGUGUGAUGCGAUGGCUCCAGUUUUAUCCCUUUUCAACAGUACCAAAAUGUCCUUGAUUAGAACAGCUACUUGGACUUUGUCAAAUUUGUGUAGAGGUAAGAACCCUCAGCCAGACUGGUCGGUUGUCCAGCAAGCAAUCCCAACCUUGGCAAAAUUGAUAUAUUCUGUUGAUACUGAAACAUUGGUUGAUGCCUGUUGGGCAGUUUCAUACUUAUCUGACGGCACAACUGAAGCAAUCCAGGCAGUUGUUGAUGCCAGAAUUCCACAUAGAUUAGUCGAAUUAUUAGGCCAUGAAUCAACUUUAGUUCAAACUCCUGCUUUAAGAGCAAUUGGUAAUAUAGUAACUGGUAAUGAUGUUCAAACUCAAAUAGUUAUAAAUGCUGGAGUAUUGCCAGCAUUGGCUCCGUUGUUAAAUUCUCCAAAGGAAACUAUUAGAAAGGAAGCAUGUUGGACGAUUUCUAAUAUCACUGCUGGUAAUACUGAUCAGAUCCAAUCUGUCAUAGACGCCAAUUUAAUUCCUCAAAUUAUCAGAUUGUUGAUAAAUGGUGAUUACAAGACCAAGAAAGAAGCCUGCUGGGCGAUAUCAAAUGCUUCUUCUGGUGGAUUAACUAGACCAGAUCAGAUUCGUUACUUGGUAAGCCAAGGAUGUAUCAAACCAUUGUGUGACUUAUUGGCGGUUGCUGACACCAAGAUCAUCGAAGUUACUUUAGACUCGUUAGAAAAUAUCUUGAAGAUGGGUGAGAUGGAUAAGGAGUCCAGGAAUGCAUCUGUUAACGAAAAUGCCUUAUACAUCGAGGAAGCUGGUGGUAUGGAAAAGAUCUUCGAAUGUCAAGCGAACGAAAAUGAAAAAAUCUACGAGAAGGCCUACUCUAUCAUCGAAAAAUAUUUUUCUGAAGAGGACGAUCAAAUUGACGACGAAGGAGUUGCUCCUCAAGCUUACGGUGAUGCGUUUGGUUUCGGAGUUGAUCCGAAUCAACAACAACAAAACUUCCAAUUUUAA